AUGCUUUCGAAGUACAAGCCAUCGAUUAACUCCCAUGUGGUUGAAAAAGUAAUAUUACAAAAUACAGAUUCAGCAAUUAAAAUGUUGACACAAAUAAGACAUCGAUCUAAUGACUAUCAAUUUAUUCAGAACAGUAUUAUACCUACAAUGCAUUUUCAACGAUCUUUACCUAGACUUCCAGUUCCAGAAUUAAAAUUAACUUGUCAACGUUACCUUAAAGCACAACAACCUUUGCUAUCAAAAAAUGAUUAUUUGAAAACUAAAGAUAUUGUGGAAAACUUUGAACAAAAUGAUGGGCAACUAUUACAAGAUAUGUUAAAAAAAAAAAAUGAUGCAAACAAAAAUACCAGUUAUAUUACUAAGGAUUGGUUUAAUAUGUAUUUGACAGAAAGAACACCUUUACCAAUUAACUAUAAUCCAUUGUUGGUGUUUAAACAAUUUGAUAGUGCAUAUAAUAACCAAUUACUAAGAUCUACUAAUUUGUUGAUAUCAUCACUAAGAUUUUACAAAUCACUUAAAGCAAAUAUAUUAGAGCCAGAAAUUUAUCAUAUUAAUCCAAAGAAGAGUGAUACCAUCCAAUUUAGAAAAUUAAUGAAAUAUCUUCCAGAAUCAAUUAGUUGGUAUGGAGCUUACAUGUAUAAUGCGUAUCCUUUAGAUAUGUCUCAGUAUAGUUCUUUAUUUAAUAAUACUCGAAUUCCAAUGGCUAAUCAAGAUGUUUUACACAAUAAUACAUCUGGUAAACAUAUUGUAGUUAUGAGGCGAGGACAUUUUUAUAAAUUUGAUGUUCUGGAUAAUCAAGGUAAUAUAUUAGACCCUCAGUUAUUAUUAUCCAAAAUACAAUAUGUGUUGAAUGAUAAUAUUGCCCCAUCUAAUCAUCCAAUUGGCGUUUUGACAACCAGUGAACGUAAUAAUUGGGCAAAUUUAAGAAAUCAUCUUAUCAAGUUAGGAAAUGAAGAGUCAUUGCGAAUAAUAGACGACAGUCUUAUGAUGAUUGCUCUUGACGAUGAAAAACCAGGUUCUGAUCCAAUACCUUGUGUUAAGCAAUAUUUACAUUCUGACGGAAUCAACAGGUGGUUUGACAAGUCAUUCACAUUGAUAGUAUGUGCUGAUGGAACAUCAGGAUUAAAUUUUGAGCAUUCGUGGGGCGACGGAGUUGCUGUGUUGAGAUAUUUUCAAGAUAUUUCUAAGGAUACUGCAGACUUUCCAAGAUGUCAUCCAGAAAAUGUAAAUCAAGUAUCAUUAUCAGCAGAUGCAUUAGACAUACAGAAAUUGGAAUUCAAUUUGGAUGAAAAAAUGAAAUGUGAUAUAAUAAAAGUCAAGAAUGAAUUCCAAUGUAAAUAUGAAUCUUUGGAUGUUAAUUACUUUGAGUUUUUUGAUGUUGGUAGAAAAAUGUGUAAAAAAUUUGGAAUAAGCGCAGAUUCUUUGAUGCAAUUGUGUUUCCAGCUGGGUCAUUAUAAAUUACAUAAAAAACAUGUUGGUACUUAUGAAUCAUGUAGUACAGCAGCAUUCAAACAAGGACGAACAGAAACUGUAAGACCAUGUACUAUGAAGACUGCCGAUUUUUGCUAUGCUGUUUCUAGUAAAAACAAACCUUCUAAAAAUGACUUGGUUAAUAUGAUAAAACAAUGUUCAGUUGAACACAGUAAACUUGUAAAGGAAGCUGCAAUGGGACAAGGAUUUGAUCGUCAUUUAUUUGCUUUACGGUUAUUAGCUAAAGAAAACAAUUUAGAUAUUCCAGGCUUAUUCACUGAUCCUGCUUAUAGUCUGAUUAAUCAUAAUAUCAUAUCUACUUCUAGUCUAACUUCAGAUCAUGUGUGGUUAGGAGCAUUUGGACCUGUUGUAAAAGAUGGUUAUGGUAUUGGAUACACAAUUCUCGAAGACUACUCAGGUGCUAUUAUUACUAACUACAAAGAACAUUCUGAUGGAGAUACAUUUAGAAAUGCAUUAACACAGAGCUUAAAUCAAAUCCUUGAUAUUUUGAAAAUCUAGUUUAUUAAGUAGGUUUAUAUCUCUUAGUUUGUAUUUAAUAUGUCUUUACUCUUUAUUCCAUAAGAAUUACUUUUUGUUUUCAUUAAAAAGUAAACAUAUUUUUAUAUUAUGAGCUAAUUUAAAGUACAUGUAUAAUUUUUUCUUUAAUACGCCAAGAAAUUUUUUUUACAUAUUGUAACCACUGCAUUCUUUAGUUUAUGUUAGCAAAGGAAGCUUAUUAUAACAAUACUUGAAUCUCUGACGUAUAAAAUGUCAAGACAUAAAUAUUGAUAUUUGAUAUUUUUCAAUGCAAACUAAAAACAUCAAUAAUUAUUA